GGCCCCCCUUCCCACGCCCAGUGCGCUGUGGGAUAGUGGCACUAUAAAGUAUAUCCUCUCUCGGAGAAAGAUAAGAAGCCCGAGACAGGAGGGGAUGAAGAUGGCGGACGCCAAGCAAAAAAGAAACGAACAGUUGAAACGGUGGUUAGGGUCGGAGACAGACAUCGAGCCUCCUAUUCUGAAAAAGAAGAAGGCGAAGGUGAAGUUCGACGAUGGCGCGGUGUUUUUGGCUGCCUGCUCAAGUGGCGAUACCGAGGAGGUGCUCCGAAUGAUUGACCGGGGUGCUGACAUCAACUACGCCAAUGUAGACGGUCUGACUGCCCUCCACCAGGCGUGCAUAGAUGACAACGUGGACAUGGUGACCUUCCUGGUAGAGCAUGGGGCUGCCAUCAACCAGCCCGACAAUGAGGGCUGGAUCCCCCUCCACGCCGCAGCCUCUUGUGGAUACAUGGACAUAGCAGAGUAUCUGAUUGGCCAGGGAGCCAGUGUGGGGGUGGUGAACAGUGAGGGGGAGACACCACUGGACAUCGCUGAGGAGGAGGCCAUGGAGGAGCUCCUGAAGAAUGAGAUCAACCGACAAGGUGUGGACAUCGAGGCGGCCAGGAAGGAGGAGGAGCGGAUCAUGCUGAGGGACGCCCGGCAGUGGCUCAACAGCGGAACCAUCAACGACGUCCGACACGCCAAGUCCGGGGGGACCGCACUCCACGUGGCCGCCGCCAAGGGAUACGCUGAGGUUUUAAAGCUUUUAAUCCAAGCAGGGUAUGAUGUAAAUAUUAAAGACUUUGACGGCUGGACCCCGCUCCACGCUGCUUCACAUUGGGGCAAAGAGGAGGCCUGCAAGAUACUGGUGGAGAACCUGUGUGACAUGGACCUUAUCAAUAAAGUGGGUCAGACAUCUUUUGAUGUUGCAGAUGAAGAUGUCCUUGGCUACUUAGAGGAAUUACAGAAGAAGCAGAAUCUGCUCAAUAGUGAAAAGAAGGAUGUUAAGAAGUCUCCGUUGAUAGAAACGACGACCACUGGGGACAACAAUCAAAAUCUAAAAUCCAUUAAGAGCAAAGAGACCCUCCUCCUGGAGCCCGAGAAGCCCGCCCUGCGCAUCGAGACCCUGGAACCGGAGAAGGUGGACGAGGAAGAGGAGGGCAAGAAGGACCAAGAGUCCAGCUGCUCCAGCGAGGAGGAAGAGGAGGAAGACUCGGAAUCUGAGACUGAAGCCGACAAGAGCAAGACGCCUGUCCCUGUGAGCAACAGUAACGGCACUGCUGUGGUGCCAACGCCGACCAGCGUUACGGUGUCUUCCACCUCCCCAACCAGCCCCACUAACCAGUCUGAUUAUAUUACUGCCCUCUUGCCUGUGGCGGAGCCAAGCUGUCCUGCAUUGUGGCGUCAAGGCUUGCGCAAAACUGGCAUUUCUCUUGUGCCCAAAAAACCCAUGGUGGCCCAGCAGGUGUCCCCUGCUGGUAAGGUCUCUCCUAAAGAGGUCUCCCCUAAAGAUAAACAGGAGGAUGACAAGACGAAGAAAUCGGACGAGUCCCCGGCGUCGUGGCGCCUGGGUCUGAGGAAGACGGGCAGCUACGGGGCGCUGGCGGAGAUCACGGCCACCAAGGAGGCCCAGAAGGAGAAGGACACGGCCGGGGUGAUGCGCUCGGCCUCCAGCCCCCGCCUCUCCUCCUCCCUGGACAACAAGGACAAAGAGAAGGAAAAAGACAAAGGAACCAGACUUGCCUACGUUGCCCCCACCAUCCCCAGGAGACUGGCCAGUACAUCAGACAUUGACGAGAAGGAGAACAGGGACUCUGCUGCUAGUCUGGUACGUAGCGGCUCCUACACCAGGAGACGCUGGGACGAUGAGCUGAAGAACAGUGAAGGAAGCGCUUCCACCAACCGAACAACACCCAGCUAUCAGCGCAGCACGUCCCACACGCUAACGCUAGGGCGGAGCGGCAGCACGCGGGACGUGCCAGCCAAAUCCUCUUCUGCCUCCAGCUUGGACCCUAACACCUGUAACGCUAAACCCUGGCAGUCGCCCGCCUCCCACUACCAGUCUUACAGCAUUUACCGCAGUGGUUCCUUUGGCAGGAGGCAUGAAGACCUGGGUUCGACCACCUCUUCCUCCACUAGCACCACCACAACCACCUCGUCUGUUACCUCGCCCACCGGCUUCCGUGACCGCAGCCUGCUCUCCAGCCUGGGCUCCUCCACCCGCACCGGAUCCUCCAGCCUCACCAGCAGGUACUGGGCAGAGGAGAGUGCGGAGAGGGAAAAGGAGCGGGAGAAGGAGUCUGCUGCAGUCAUCCCUACGAUUAACACUGGUUCUACCACCACCACGUCCACUACUGGCACUAUCAUUGGCUCUGACGGCAGGGAGAGACGCAGGUCCGACACGCGCACGUCGUACCUCACCCCUGUCCGGGAUGAAGAGUCGGAGUCCCAGAGGAAAGCCCGCUCCAGACAGGCUAGACAGUCCAGACGGUCUACCCAGGGUGUGACUCUAACUGACCUCCAAGAGGCAGAGAAGACCAUCGGCAGGAGUCGCCCCACACGGACCCGGGACGAGGAGAAGGAAGAGAAGGAGAAACAAGACAAGGAGAAGCAGGAGGAGAAGAAGGAGACUGGUGAAACCAAGGAGGACGACUACCGGUCGAGGUACCGCAGCUUCGAAGAGACUUACCAGCGCUACCGUCCCUCCACCACCUCAGCCACCACCCUGAGCACGGCCUCCACCCCGUCCUCUACUUCCUCUAGCUCCCUCAACAGGCCCAACAGCCUGACCGGCAUCACUUCCUCCUCCAGCUCCCUCAACAGGCCCAACAGCCUGUCCGGCAUCACCUCCUCUUACAGCCGCUCCUCCAGGGACACUGAGAAAGAAUCAGACAAGAAGCAGCAGGAGGAGGAGAAGGAGGGAGAGGAUAAGUCCCAGCCCCGCUCCAUACGGGAUCGCCGGCGGCCCCGUGAGAAGAGACGCUCCACCGGGGUGUCUUUCUGGACCCAAGAUGGGAGUGAUGACAAUGACCCAGACCAGUCUGCGGACUCAGAGGAAGGCAGCAUCAAGGGUGAACCUCAGAGUGACCGACUGUCCAGGAAUGAGAGCAGCACUUCCUCUUCCGACCACUUGGGUAGCCGUGGCUACGGCGAGGGUCGCAGGUCAUUCUCAAGCAGGCUGGACCGAGACGAUAGCACUGACUACAAGAAGCUUUAUGAGCAGAUCCUAGCUGAGAAUGAGAAGCUGAAGUCCCAGUUACGUGACACAGACCUGCAGCUGAAUGACUUGAAGCUACAGCUGGAGAAGGCCACACAGAGGCAGGAGCGCUUUGCUGACCGGUCGCAGCUUGAGAUGGAGAAAAGGGAAAGAAGAGCUCUAGAAAGGAAGAUCUCUGAUAUGGAGGAGGAACUUAAGACGCUACCAGACUUGAAAGCAGACAACCAGAGACUAAAGGAUGAGAACGGAGCUCUUAUUCGAGUCAUUAGCAAGCUUUCCAAGUAGAACAUACAACCCCCCCGGCCCUCCUCCUGCGGCCCGCCCACUCCUCCAUGGCAGUGACUAAUGGACUUGCAACUUUUAGGUAUUAACUGCAAGAGACAUCCGCAUCAAGAAGACUCCUUCUCCCCUCAGCCCUCCUAUCCCUCUCUCCUCUACCACCACAUCCUCCAUGUCCUCCCUCUCUCCAUUAGGUUAUUCUCCACUUUAACCUGUGGCUGCUCUCCAGAUAGAACCACUGAGUUUACAUUAGCAGAGGAUAGGGUUGUGAACGGCAUGUAAAAGCGUUUGCGGGCGGGGAAGCCUCAACUAUUUAACCAAUAAGCCUUAGUUGUACAUAAAACACUUGUAUCGAUCUCUCAGCUGUCACAGAAGGACAGUUAUUUCACACCUGAUUUUAUUUGUGCCACAAACUCUUAUUUGAUCUUUUUGUUUCCAUUUCCUGUUUGUUUCUCGACCUACAUACAAAGGUUGUGCGAUGUGUAGUUGUCCUGUUCUUUCUGACCCCCAGAAGUCCUCCCCCUGUUUUUGGAGGCUCUGUCUCACAGCAGAAGACUUCCCAGUGGUACCCCCCUGUCUUAGUGCAUGCAACCCCUCCCCCCGACACACCACACAAGCACACGCGCACACACCUCUAUCCACGCCACUCACCCCCUUUCCAUUUCUGUACCUUUGUGUGUCUCCCUCAGAGGUAAAUGGAAUUAUCGCUUUACAGAACAGGUGGACUUGGUGGAAUUUAAGCUUUCACUGUAUGUGCAAUAUGCAUUUAUUUCUAAUAAAAAUGCUUUAAUGAUGAGUCCAUCACUAGUAGGAUUUUCACUCCUCCUCCAUCUUUCCAUCGCUCACCCCUUUCACUGACCCCCCUCUUUUCUUUAAGGUUGUAGUGUAGGCGUUGGUUUAUACUCUGUAUUUCUCACUUCGUUUUAGCAGGUACUGAGUGAUGCUGUAUAUACCUGUAUGUAUCGUUUGAGACCAGCACAUGGCAUGCAUUUAUGGUUCCCGUCUGUUACUAUUAAAAAUAUACAAACUCCAGAGGACAAAAAAAGUGUGUUAACUAUUUUCUUCAUUUAGAGUCUAAAGACAUUGGAUUCCAACCGGGCCUCUCUCUCUUAAAGGGAAUGGCUGGCAGUGUUCAGUGCUUUUUCUUUCCAGUUUUAAGUGUUCACAGUAAUUGAGAUACGAAUAAUAUAAUUGCUUCACUACAUUUCACACAUUGUAUUCAGUAUCUUUGGACGAGUGCUGUUCAUUUUUUAUUUCAGUUUUUUUAAGCCGUUAGUAUUAGCCAAGGUGUUGUCACUAAAAGAUCUUAGGUAUUGCUAACCCAGUCUUUUUUACAAUGUCUACAUGCACUGUCAAUGCCAUGUGAGGAGUAUUUCAUGUCAGCCACCAUCAAAGUCCCUGCAUCAAACACAUUUUAUGCAUUUCAGUGGCCUUUUUAAGGAUACUGUAGCAAAGAAAACAAUUUGCUGUAGUUGGACUGUUGGCCAUCUCCUCUUUUGGUUUACAUUUUUGCUGUUUUUCCUUUUUAAAUUUCCCAUCUUGUAAAAUAGGCGUGUGGCUUCAUACAUGCGAGCUGUGCUGUGACUACCAACCACUGAAGAGUUCAUUCAAAAUAAACUUGUACAUUGUGAA